GUACCUCACUGACCCCUUAUUCAAAACAUACCAGGUAGCUCAGAUGAAGAGUAAAGACAACCGCAUCAAGCUGAUGAAUGAAGUUCUCAACGGCAUCAAGGUGUUGAAGCUGUAUGCGUGGGAGCUGGCCUUCAAAGACAAGGUGUCAGCCAUCAGAGAGAGCGAGCUCCGUGUCCUCAAGAAGGCUGCUUACCUGGGGGCCAUAUCCACCUUCACCUGGGUCUGUGCUCCCUUUCUGGUGGCGCUGUCUACGUUCACAGUGUAUGUGAUGAUAGAUGAGAGGAACGUGCUGGAUGCUCAGAAGGCAUUUGUGUCUCUGGCUCUGUUCAACAUCCUGCGUUUCCCCCUCAACAUGCUGCCUAUGGUCAUCAGCAGCAUGGUCCAGGCCAGUGUUUCUAUGAAACGUCUGUGUGUGUUUCUGUCUCAUGAGGAGCUGCAGGAGGACAGUGUGGAGCGCAUGGCUGUAGCAGGCUGCUCAGACAGUAUCUCCAUUGAGGACGGGGUGUUCAGCUGGUGUAGAAACGAUGCCCCCACUCUGAAGAGGUUAAGUGUAUGUAUCCCAGAUGGGUCUCUGGUAGCUGUGGUGGGACACGUUGGCUCAGGGAAAUCCUCUCUGCUCUCUGCUCUGCUGGGGGAGAUGGAGAAACUAGAGGGAUCUGUCUCUGUCAAGGGCUCUGUGGCCUAUGUACCUCAGCAGGCGUGGAUCCAGAAUGCCACCCUGAAAGACAACAUAGUGUUUGGUCAGGAGAGGAAGGAGAGCUGGUACCACAGAGUGGUGGAGGCCUGCGCCCUGCUGCCAGACCUGGAGAUCCUGCCUGCUGGAGACGGCACUGAGAUCGGGGAGAAGGGUGUGAACCUGUCAGGUGGUCAGAAGCAGAGGGUCAGUCUGGCCAGGGCAGUCUACUGCGACUGUGCUGUCUAUCUAUUGGACGAUCCUCUGUCGGCGGUCGACGCCCACGUGGGCAAACACAUCUUCGAGAAGGUUGUCGGGCCUCAGGGAGUCCUCAAGGACAGGACUCGUGUCCUGGUGACCCACGGUCUGAGCUUCCUGCCCCAGGCAGAUCUGAUCCUGGUGAUGGUGGAGGGAGAGAUCACUGAGAGGGGCUCCUACCUGGAGCUGAUGGCACGGGACGGGGCCUUCGCUGAGUUCCUCAGGACUUACGCCAACAAAGAGCAGGAAGAUGACGAAUCAGACUCUGCACCAAAGAGAGGACUGGAGAAUGGACUUCCUGCUGCUGUGAUUGGUCAGAACCAUUCCAGUACAUCAGCAGUGAGGACAGAAGGAGAGGUCCUGGGGAAGAAGGCCAAGAACGCUGAGGUGGGGAGAAUCACAGAGGCUGACAAGGCCAACACCGGGCGGGUAAGAGGCUGUGUGUGUGAGAUCUUAAAUGACUCCCUAUUAACAGUCAAUGUAGUAUACCAGAGCCUCAGAGCAACUGUCCAUCUCUUACAUUUCUGUGGACUCCCCAGUAACGGAACCCAGCCCAGCAGAGAGAUGAGACUGGGGGUGUACGGAGCUCUGGGGGCCUCACAGGGCAUAGCUGUGUUCUGCUACUCCAUCUCUGUCUCUAUCGGUGGUAUAUUAGCAUCACGCUACCUCCACCAGUCCAUGCUGUACAACGUACUGCGCUCCCCCAUGUCCUUCUUCGAGCGCACCCCCAGUGGUAACCUGGUGAACCGUUUUUCCAAGGAGACAGACACCAUUGACUCUAUCAUCCCAAGUAUCAUUAAGAUGUUCAUGGGCUCCAUGUUCAACGUAGUAGGAUCCUGUGUGGUCAUACUGAUCGCUACUCCACUAGUGGCUAUUAUCAUACCUCCUCUGGGGAUACUCUACUUCUUUGUCCAGCGUUUCUACGUGGCGUCGUCUCGUCAGUUGAAGCGUCUGGAGUCGGUCAGUCGCUCCCCGGUCUACACACACUUCAACGAGACGUUGCUAGGCGCCAGCGUCAUCCGAGCCUUUGGGGAGCAGGAACGCUUCAUCAGGGAGAGUGACGGUCGAGUUGACCACAACCAGAAAGCAUACUACCCCAGCAUCGUAGCCAACCGGUGGCUGGCGGUGCGUCUGGAGUUUGUAGGGAACUGUAUCGUAAUGUUUGCUGCUCUGUUUGCUGUGAUGGCUAGAGAGAGCCUCAGCCCUGGGAUCAUGGGCCUGUCCAUUUCAUACGCACUACAGCUGACGGCCUCUCUGACCUGGCUAGUGAGGAUGUCUUCAGAUCUGGAAACCAACAUUGUGGCCGUGGAGAGAGUCAAGGAGUACGAAGACACAGAGAAAGAGGCGGACUGGAGACAUGACCAAUCGUCUCUGCCUCCAGGCUGGCCCACAGCAGGCAACAUAGACAUCAGAGGGUUUGGUCUGCGAUACAGAGAGGACCAGGAACUGGCAGUACGCAACAUCACCGUAGCCAUCCACGGAGGAGAGAAGGUGGGUAUCGUUGGUCGUACAGGAGCAGGGAAGUCCUCUCUGACUCUAGGAUUGUUCCGCAUCAUCGAGGCGUGUGAGGGAGAGAUUCAUAUCGAUGGAGUUAACAUCGCUACGCUGGGUCUCCAUGAACUCCGCUCCAGGAUCACCAUCAUACCACAGGAUCCAGUGUUGUUCUCUGGGUCUCUGAGGAUGAAUCUGGACCCCUUCGAUGGCUACUCUGAUGAGGAGGUGUGGAGAGCCCUGGAGCUCUCCCAUCUCAAGAGCUUUGUGUCGGGCCUGCCGGACAAACUCAACCACGAGUGUUCAGAGGGAGGAGAGAACCUCAGUCUGGGUCAGCGCCAGCUGGUGUGUCUGGCCCGAGCCCUCCUGAGGAAGACGAAGAUCUUGGUUCUGGAUGAGGCCACAGCUGCUGUGGACCUGGAGACUGACAACCUGAUCCAGUCCACCAUCAGAACCCAGUUUGAUGACUGCACUGUCCUGACCAUCGCACACAGACUCAAUACUAUCAUGGACUACACCAGAGUGCUGGUCCUGGAUAAAGGGGAGAUGGCAGAGUUUGACUCUCCCUCCACUCUCAUCACCAAGAGAGGAAUCUUCUACAAGAUGGCUAAAGACUCUGGACUGGUCUGAGUGGGCGAACGGGAGAGGACAGGUUGCUUAAAGACAACAUCCCUCCUUACAGAGAACUCCUCCUCCAACCCCCUUUCCUCUCCUCCGACCGGGAGGCUGUGCAGGGAAGAGGUAGCAGAGAGAGAGAGGAGAAUUCUAAGGAUAUCAAUGUUUCUGAUAAGUGUGUAUAAAUUAUGGGAGCACUCUACCUCCACUCCUUCCUCCCUCUACUUCUCCCUCCAUCCAUCCCUCCCUCUACUUCUCCCUCCAUCCAUCCAUCCCUCCCUCUACUUCUCCAUCCAUCCCUCCCUCUACUUCUCCAUCCAUC